GCCAGCAAGGACAACAACAGCUACCAUGGAGCCAAGGCCAGCAAGGGCAACAACAGCAAGGCCAGCAAGGGCCAGGACAACAAGGGCCAGCAUCAGGCCAGCAAGGGCCAAUGGCAGUGCCAUGGGGGACAGGACAACAACCAUGGCCAGGCCAGCAAGGGCAAGGACAAACACAGCCACACCCAGUUGGUCAAGGCCAGCAAGGGGCAUGGCAACAACAGGCAGGCCAGCAAGGGCCAGGACAACAACAGCCAUGCCAGCAAGGGCAAGGACAGCAACAGCCAGGCCAGCCAGGGCCAGUGCAACAACAGCCAUGCCAGCAGGGGCCAGUGCAACAACACCCAGGCCAGCAGCAGCCAGGGCAACAGCAGCCAGGCCAGCAAGGGCCAGCAUCAGGCCAGCAAGGGCCAAAUGCAUGGCAAGGACAACAGCA